AUGACCGACACGUAUGCUACCAAGGGCCUUCCAGCCCCUCCAGAGAUCUCCGUCAAGACAAUCCCCAUGGCGGGCUUGCUUGUUGACGUCUACGGCCUCGAUGAGCUCCCUCCCAAUGUUCCAGUCUCAUGUCUUUGGCUUCUUCAUCCACGGACAAGAACACGAGCAAGAAUGAGCGAUAUUGCCAGGCGCACUAUUGCGGCAUGGACUUCUCAUGCUGGAGCCAACCUCAAGCGAGGCCUCAUUGCUCUAUCCUUUGACAUGCCUAACCAUGGAACAAGACUUGUCAGCGAAUCGGCAAACGUAGCUUGGGAUAAGGGAAAUUCAACGCAUGCGAUCGAUAUGUUUGGCAUGGUAAAAGGAGGCGUGGCAGAUAUGAGCGGCCUUAUGGACCUUGUCUCUGGAUAUCUUGGCCGUGAAAUUGACGCACAUGUUUGUCUGGGGUGGAGUCUUGGUGGGCAUAGUGCAUGGCAGGCUUUCUUUGGAGAGAAGAGGAUUGAUGCUGCCGUGGUGGUUAUUGGAUGCCCUGACUUUGCGGGUUUGUUGGGUGAUCGUGCUGCGCAAGCCAAGCUCGACUGUGGCGCUGCUUUUGUCGGCAGCAAGUAUUUCCCCAAAGACCUCACACAGACCUGCAACUCUCACGACCCGAAGGCAUUACUAUUUGGCACUUCGACCAUCCCCUCCCCGUCUCUAUCUGCUACUGAGCAGGCUCGCCUGAGGACCAUCCUCGACAAACGCAUCAGGGGCAAGAAGUUGCUUCUCUGCUCGGGAGGCGACGAUGCGCUAGUCCCGUACGCAAAGACCAAGCCCUUUGCAACGCUGUUGAAGGAAGCGGUAGGUGAACAUGGUUGGUAUCGUGAUGGAGGCGUCGAGAUGGAUGAUAGAGUGUAUGAAGGUGUUGGACACAAGUUCAGUGCUGAUAUGGUGGAGGAUGCUGUGCGGUUCUUAGUUAGUGCAGUGGAAAGGGGACCGAGAGGAAAGGUUCAGUCGAGAGAGGGAGAGAAAAGUGUACUAUAA